UGGUUUGAAAGUGAGACUCCAGAGGCCUUGACACUACCUUGUGGUUACUCAACUCGCGCUUCAACAUUCCAGCAGCUUUGUCUGUUGCGGUGCCUUCGAGUAGACCGAAUUCACCUUGCAGCCACCAAUUAUGUCACCGGAAUUAUGGGAGAGGCUUUCGUAACCUCUCCACUCGUCAAUCUGGAGGCUUUGCACGAUCAGACUAGUCCAAAAGCACCGAUUAUCUUCAUCUUAAGUCCAGGCGCUGACCCGACAGGUGAUUUGGUCAAGUUAGCAGAUCGUAUAGGAUUUGAUGCAAGCAGACUGCGCAUGUUGUCAAUGGGUCAGGGACAAGAGGCUAACGCGCAGGCCUUGCUGGAAAUGUCAAGUUCCCGAGGCUACUGGUUGAUGCUGCAGAAUUGUCAUCUUCUUGUAAGUUGGUUGCGUGACCUUGAGCAUCAUCUGGACUGUUUGGUAAAGCCACACCCUGACUUCCGGCUCUGGUUGACGACUGAACCAACCACAGCUUUUCCGAUCGGCCUUUUACAACGUGCCCUUAAGGUUGUAACUGAGCCACCAAAUGGCCUACGACUCAAUCUGCGCUCAACAUUGCAGAAUGUCACCGCACAGACUCUUAUCACCUGCCACCAUCCGUCUUUUUCACCAUUAGUCUUCACACUGGCCUUCUUUCAUGCCGUGGUUCAAGAGCGCCGCAAGUACGGCAAGCUUGGAUGGAACAUUCCGUAUGACUUUAAUGAGUCUGAUUUCCGUGUUUGCUUGCGCAUCUUAGUCACUUAUAUGAACAAAGCGGUGGAAGAAGCCGACAAGCGGAUACCAUGGAACACUCUUAAAUACCUUAUUGGUGAAGUCAUGUAUGGCGGACGAGCCAUCGAUGAGUUUGACCGGCGCAUCCUGAAAACGUAUGUGGAUGAGUAUUUCGGCGAUUUUCUCUUCGAUACUGUGCGAGAAUUUCACUUCUUUAAAAACGCUGAAGUUGACUACCACAUACCAAGUGGAACCACUCGUGAUGCCUAUAUCGGUUAG